AUGGCGAAGCGCAAGUCCUAUGGAGGCGAAGGGGGUCAUUUCGGGAAGAAGCAAAAGACCGCACAUGUGCAUGACCCCCCUACCUCUGAAGAUGUCUACAACGGAAGACAACUUCGCCAGCUUCUGGCUUUCGAACAAGACCUUCGGAAAGCUAGGCACGGCCUUCAAUCCUUCAAGAACCUUCUCGAUUGUAUCGUCAAUAACGAAGACAAGGACUCUGAGAAGCUUUACAUAUUACAGGAGUUUUUGGACUCCGUAAAGCCGCGAGAACAAGAUGACGAAGUCCCUGUGUAUCUACCAGAUAUAAUGGAAUCAUGGAGCAUGGCUGUACAAUUAAAUAACGAGAAUGUCAUGUCUGCCGUCGCCGUCGUACUCGCGCUUCUUCUUAAAGUUCUCUCUGGAAAAGUGAAUAUGGUGUCAUAUGGUUUAGGAAUAUGUCGAACCCUCCUCCAGAAACGACAGCAAGAACUCAUCGCCAAAAAUCUGUCGGCUGAUAACGGCAAGGACUUCAUAAUAUCACCCACUUUAAGGCUUCUCAAAGAAGCGGUAUGCUUCGAUGGCGGAGCGCUUGCUGCCCCAAUAUUUAGAGCGAGGAACAACACGUUCAAAUCGCUAGCUAGGAAUAUGGGUCUUCGAUACCUGGGAGAAGGUUUUGAAGAUCCUAAACGACCAUCUGUCAGGACUAACGCGAUACGCUUUCUCCUAAGCAGCUUGAAGUUAUUCCAUCUUGAAGCGAAGCGCGAUCUAUUGUCUCAGAAAGAUAUCGUGGCUGCGCUCAUGAGACAUAUCAGAAAGGACCCUCCUUCGUUAAUCCAUGAAAUAUUAGACACUCUAAAAGCUUCUGUUAUAUUAGACAAGAAGCUACCGAAGGAGAUCAAGAUCAAAAUUUUGAAUGCUCAUUCGCUUAUCAGGAUCGCGGAGCUUUACGGUUACCCUGAAGCCCCUACUGAAAAUGAGGAUGAACCAGAGCGCGAGCGUCCGACGGUCGAGGAUUCUGCCCACGCUUUCCUGACCGCUGCUUGUACUGAUUCCGAUGCCGGAAUUCGUCGAUCAGAACAUGGUUACUAUCCCGAGGGCGUAGAUCCCAACGCGGUACCAUCAGCGGCCAACAACGAUCAACCCGUGAAUUUUGGUAUCGACAGUAUUCCAUGGAUGAGUAAAUUUGAGAAUGAUGUGCCUGUACGGAAUUCGCUAUUGGCGGAGUUCAUCCAGACGUUACGACCAUGGUCCAGCACGAAACAGAACGAGCUUCUCGUGGCUAUUUUCGAAGCGUCGCCGGAAUUGGUUGCCAACUAUUUUUGUCAAAAGAAAUCGUUCGCAUUUGAUCCAAAACUAACAGCUACCUGGAUUGGUUACGCCGCGUUGCUAUACAAUGCCGUUCAGUUACCGAUUCCCUCCUGGUUCGGGCAUGCCAAAGGCUAUGCAAGGGUUCCGCCUCCUACCUCUGUAGUACUUGGAAACAUUAUUCCACUGCCUAUGACACCGAAAGCUUUAGCACGAUGCCUCUCCAUCAAAUCUAAGCUAGCUUCUUUCUAUGCAAUCCGUCUUCUGACACUAUCUCUGCAGAAGCUAGGGCGAGCUCUGGAAAUGUACCAAGAGGCGUCGUCGUCAUCUGAUUCUCUUUGGGAAGAGGCAGCUCGUCGCCUUCUGGACGAAUUUUAUCAGAAGAUCCCGGACAUCAAAGAGAUUAUUAAAUGUUAUCUUGCCAUGGAGCAAGAUGAUCUACUUCAACGACAAGCGGCAAGUCGCUUGCUAUUACUCUACUACGAAGUUAUCCCCCAGGUUGCGCUGAGGGCUAGGUUUGAUGUCUCGCCAAUACUUUCAUCUACUAUCAAAAGGGUUGAGGCAUCUGAUAGAAUGGACGGAAAUACGGCGAUGUCUCUAUUGGAACUCGAAAACUUAUGCGCGAUUGCAAAAUAUUCCCCAAAUAUGCGAUGGUUUGCUCGAACUUCCGAUGCAACUCACUCUCCAUUCACAACCCUCUUACGACUAUCUAUUGAAAAGACGACCGGGUUAUCCAACGCGAGCUUAGAUGGUGUCCUAUAUUGGGUUGCCAACGAACACCAGCUGGUAGAAGAUCAACCAAACUCUCCCGGAUUAUACCCCUUAAUUACCACUUUGAAGAGCUUUGAAACCGUCGAUUCAGCGAUCUGGGCGUUUUUGGACAACUGCGUUGAACGCUGUGCUAGAACACCGGUCAAGUACCUUGAGAUGAUUGAAGAGCAGUUGCAUAAAGCUGAGGUCUCUGAAGACGAAGGCACGGUUACUUGCCCUCUUAUGAUGACUAUUGCUGAGCAGGUUCCUUUCUUCAAUUCAUCUUCCCCUAGCAAGGCUACACUUAAAGCAUUCGUCCAAUUCCUUUCAGAAUAUCUCGGAUAUUCACUCGCCGCCGGUGUAAGCAAGGCUUUCAUAGAUGCUUCGAAAGAACUUUUCUCUACUGGUCUCACAGACCAAAAACUCAAAGAAAAGCUACGCGUCCCGAAAAGGAAGAAGCAUAUACAGGAAACCCAAGAGCAUCACACGAACCAUAACGCGUUACUUCCCAAUGGUCGAAGUGACCAGGCUGUCAAGGAGGUGGAGAACGAUUCAAUCACACAAAUCCAACCCCAGGAUCUAGAACAGAGGCUUGCAGUGCCCAUCACUACGAUCAAAGAUAAUUCGCUAUCUAAAUGGACGACCAAGACACCUGAAGAACUUGUGGAGGAGGGAUACGCAUCUUCAUUAAUUCGGUUACUUCUAUCUGAGCAUUCGAGCAUCAGGAAGGAAGCAUUGGUUAAUAUAGUCAAGGUGGCUGCGAAGAUCAAGGAGUCGACGUACGAGAAUAACGAACAAGUUUGGCUCCUACUCAUGGAACUUACUGAAUCAGCACGGGAUUCUGUUCAUGAUGGACCGAUACCGAGUGUGAUGGUCGCCUUCGCCUGUAAGGCUCUCGAAGUACUAAUUAAUCCUUUGCAUUGCCUCUACGAGAAGGUGAAUCUGUUCCUUACUAGCGGACCAGUAUGGCCAUUGGAUAAGAUACCUCUGAUGCAAACUAUUCUCCAGGAGGGCCCAACGGAAGACGGUGCUUUCUAUUCUGAAGUCAGCUGGCUCCUGGGCUUCCUACUUGAGAGCUUACGAACACCUGCGGAUGUGGGCUUAUUUCAUAAACGAAGAGUACCUGAGAGGUUGUUUGCUCUGACGUCUAACCCCUUUAUGGGACCUAAUCUAAGGACGCAAAUCCUGAGGAUUGUGUAUAGGAUGUCGACUAUCGAAGGGGGGAGUGAUACUUUGAUUACGAGGUUUGGAGCAGUCGGUUGGUUGCUGGCUCAAAGGGAUAUAGCGACGGAUGCUGUUGAGAGAGGAGUAUGUCAAGCGUUGAUUAGAAGGCUAUGGGAUACUUGUGAUCAGAAACGCAUCUCAGCAUGGAGUAAAGGGGGUGUUGAGAGGAUUAUAGGACAGUGA